AUGAGCAAGAAUGAAACCAGUUCAAAUGACACUGACUACGAUUAUGAUUAUCAAGAUGAGAGUGAAGUGUUCAUUCCUUCAGCUGCAAUCCAGUUUUGGACAUACUUAAUCCUACAGAUUCCAUCGCUUUUCUGCACAAUAUUUCUCCUGUAUUAUUUAAUCUUUGAUCGUCGUUUACGUCAACAGAUUCAUAAUCAUGUAAUCAUUGUUUUACUUUUUCUCUCUCUUUUUAUCUUAGCUAUUGACAAUUCAUUCUAUCUUGAUGGAUGGCGAUUAGGUCAUGGAAAUAUGAGAUUAUCAACGCCUAGCUUUUGCUUGCUCUGGUGGUUCAUUGACUAUGGCUUCUACGGUGCUGUAUCUGUGUUUCUUGUUUGGGCAUCAUUAGAGAGACAUAUACUUAUCUUUCAUCGACGACAACUUCUUGGUACACAACGAAAAGUGUUCUACGUUCAUUACCUACCAUUGAUUUUACUUUCUGUCUACCUUCUUGGGUUCUAUAUCGGUGUACUCGUGUUCCCUCCAUGUCAGAAUGUUUUCUAUUUCAAUUAUAUAGCAUGUGGCUCAUCUCCAUGUUAUCAAGAUAUUUCAUGGUUAAAUACAUGGGACUAUUUUGUCAAUGGAAUUUUAUGUAAUAUUCUAGAAGCCAUUUUCAGUGUAUCCUUGCUGGGAAGAACAGUUUGGAAAAAAUGCUAUGCCCAAAGUCGUUUUCAAUGGAGGAAAUACCGCAAAAUGACCAUUCAAUUACUCUCAAUAUCGACACUUUCCUUGUGUAUUAAUCUUCCUCAAUCAUUAAUUACUCUUAUACAGCAAAUCCAUCCAGAUUUACAUGAUUUCGGCAGUAGCGUUGAACCAUACUUUUUCUAUUUGACUGGCUAUGUUAUUUUAUUAUUACCGUUCGUUUCACUUGGAUGUCUGCCAGAAUUAUGGCCGAGAUUACUCUGUUGGAGUCAACGAGGUCGAAGAAUGAUUGGUCCAAUGACAAUAACUGCAGGAGGCGGACAGACAGUUUUUGUGCGAACGAAACACCAUUGA